GGUAUCAUUCAAGGAGGGUCCCAUACUUUCAUCGCCCCAAUCGUCGCCAUCAUGUCAAUCCAGAAAUUUAAAUGUCCAGAUAUUAGUUCCGCGAAAGACAACACAACUCUGACAAACUCGGAUGAAGUUUGGCAAUUUCGACUUCGUGAGAUCCAAGGGAAUUUAAUGCUGGCAUCUUUGACCCAAGUUGUGCUGGGUUGUACUGGGUUAAUGGGGUUCUUUCUGCAGUUCAUUGGUCCCCUGACGAUUGCCCCUACCAUCUCCUUAAUAGGCCUGUCCCUCACCGCUGUGGCGGCAGACUUCAACAAGGUGCACUGGGGGAUCGCUAUGUUGACUCUGGUUGUCAUGGUGGCCUGCAGUCUGUAUUUCGGUGGUUUCCAUAUCCCGCUUCCGGCUUAUUCCAGGAAAGAGAAAUGUCACGUGACAAAAUAUCCAUUAUUUCAAUUAAUGCCUGUUCUGAUUAGCAUUAUUGUCAGCUGGAUUCUGUGUCACGUGUUAACGGUAACUGACGUGUUUCCCAAUAACGUCACCUCAGUGAAUUACUACGCGAGAUCCGAUGCUAGACUCGACGUUCUAGACUCCAUGCCCUGGUUCUAUUUUCCAUAUCCAUUUCAGUUUGGGAUGCCAACUUUCUCGGCCGCUGGGUAUAUUGGUAUGCUGGCUGCCACCCUUUCGUCUAUCAUCGAGUCCAUUGGGGAUUAUUUUGCUUGCGCCAGAUUGUCCGGCGCUCAACCGCCACCUAUUCACGCACUCAACAGAGGGAUCGCUACAGAGGGUUUCGCUAGCAUCAUCUCAGGGAUGGUUGGCGCAGGGCAUGCUACCACAUCAUAUUCUGGAAACAUUGGGGCAAUUGGAAUUACAAAGGUGGCCAGUCGACGAGUUUUCCAAGUGGCGGGGCUGAUCCUGUUGGUAUGUGGCAUCAUCGGUAAAUUUGGUGCCGUUCUCACUCUGAUUCCGGAUCCUAUAAUUGGCGGGAGUUUAACGGUAGUCUUCGGGAUGGUGGCGGCCGUCGGGAUAUCUGUUCUCCAAUUCACCGACCUCAACUCCACAAGAAAUCUCACCAUAGUCGCCGUAUCCAUCAUUUUGGGUCUGAUGGUGCCUCAAUGGUUACAGAAUAAUCCUGGAGCAAUCGAUACAGGUAACAAUGAGUUAGACCAAGUGCUUGAGGUUCUGCUAGGGACCGCAAUGUUUGUUGGAGGGAUAUUGGGCUUUAUACUGGACAAUACAGUACCCGGUACACCAGAAGAAAGGGGAUUACUCAAAUGGCGAGAAAACACAUAUUCUUCAGACGACUCACAUGAACUAAAACAUGUGCAGUAUGAAUGGCCAUUCUUCACAAAAUAUAUCAAGAAACUGAACUGCUGUUCGUAUUUCCCAAUAUCACCAACUUUUGAAGGAAUUCCUGUGAAGUGUUGUGGGAGCCAAGACAGGCGCUAUGAUAUGGAAGAAGAGACGAAAGCUGAGAACACGGAUAUCUGAUCUAAUUUGGAGAGUAGUCUGGACCAUUUCUACGUUUGUGUACAUGUAUACUCCCUACAAACGUCUGGACGCUUUAUUCCAUAUUUUCACAAACUCAAAACGAGGCUUAUCGAAAUUCCGAUAAAGACGCCGAUUGGUUAGUUCAAUAGGAUAAUGCUUACGCUGGUCUAUAGCAACUACUCUGAAGCAAACCCAAAAAUGUUGAAGCAUAAAAUUUUCUACUGAAAAAGAAAACAGAUACAGUAUCUUUAACAUUUUUUAUCGAAAGAAGUGGUUUUAACUCUUCUCAGCAUAAUUCAUUAUCAUGCAUGCUGUUGAAUACAUCACCAUGGUACUUGAAAUGGUUUGACCUACUUACAUCUCAUGUUUAGAUUUAAUAAAAUUAACAUAUUGUCUCUUUAGGACAGAGAGAAUUGACA